UACAAUAUGGCGGCGGAAUCCUAACGCUCCGGGACGUGGGGCCUCCGCGGCGGUGCUCGCGCCAGCCCGGCCCGGGAAGCGGACGGUGCGGUGCCGCGCUCUCGUCGCUCUUCCCUUCUGUCCCGUGCCGGUGAGCGGCUGUCGCCGGCGUCCGCGUCCAGCAUGAAAAACUAUAAAGCAAUUGGCAAAAUAGGAGAGGGAACAUUUUCUGAAGUUAUGAAGAUGCAGAGCCUAAGAGAUGGAAACUACUACGCGUGCAAGCAAAUGAAGCAGCACUUUGACAGUAUUGAUCAAGUGAACAGUCUGCGGGAGAUACAAGCCCUGAGGCGCCUGAACCCACACCCCAACAUCCUCACACUGUACGAAGUGGUUUUUGACAGAAAAUCUGGUUCUCUUGCACUAAUAUGUGAACUUAUGGACAUGAAUAUUUAUGAGCUAAUUCGAGGGCGAAGACACCCGUUGUCGGAAAGAAGAAUCAUGCACUACAUGUACCAGCUGUGCAAAUCCCUCGACCACAUGCACAGAAAUGGAAUAUUUCACAGAGAUGUAAAACCAGAAAAUAUACUCAUAAAGCAGGACACCCUGAAGCUGGGGGACUUCGGGUCGUGCCGGAGCGUGUACUCGAAGCAGCCGUACACAGAGUACAUCUCCACGCGCUGGUACCGCGCCCCCGAGUGCCUCCUCACCGACGGCUUCUACACCUACAAGAUGGACCUGUGGAGCGCGGGCUGCGUGUUCUACGAGAUCGCCAGUCUGCAGCCCCUCUUCCCUGGAGCCAAUGAGCUUGACCAGAUCUCAAAGAUCCACGACGUGAUUGGCACGCCGGCUCAGCGGACCCUGACCAAGUUCAAGCAGUCCAGAGCUAUGAGUUUUGAUUUUCCUUUUAAAAAGGGAUCAGGAAUUCCUCCACCGCCCACCAAUCUGUCCCCGCAGUGCCUCAGCCUCCUGCACGCCAUGGUGGUCUACGACCCCGACGAGAGAAUCGCUGCCCACCAGGCCCUGCAGCACCCCUAUUUCCAGGAGCAGAGGAUGGCGGAGGCCCGGGCCCUGGUCAGCCACAGGAGAACCGCGGUGCUGGAACCGCUUGCUCCGCACUGGCCCUUGCGGGAGGCCCGGAAGCAGCAGAAGCAGCUCCCGCGGCACGAGGAGGACCACGCCAAGAGAGCCGGGCCGGACUGCCCGGUGGAGCUGCCCCGGCUGCGGCUCUCGGCCGUGAGCAGGCUGUCGCCGUGCCCCAGCCCCACGCUGCGGCCGGCGCUGGGCGCGGGGGUGGACCGCAGAGUGCCCGUGCUGCUGCCCCUCAAGUGCCUGAGUGUGAGCAAGAAGGCGGACCCAGAAGGACAUGAAGCCCACCCUGAAGCAGUACCGCCUGCCCACCAUCACCAGGAAAGGUGGCGGGUGCUGAGCCACGUCCUCCUGUCGGCCAGGCUGCGCCGGUGCCCACGCAGCCCCGGCCCUCCGCAUCUGCGAGCGGGCGGAGGCCCGAGGCGGCGCCCGUGCCCGGCCUGGUGCCCGCAGAGCAGCUGGGCCGGGGAAGGGGCCCGAGCCACCCACAUGGACGAUGCCAUGGCACGACAACUGGAGGGCAGUUGCAUGCUCUUCGUCCUGGCCCCCAGCUGCCCGCCCUCCCCGGGGGCAGCAGGCCAGGUCCCAGGAGGCCGGGGCAGGGCUCCGCCCGGCAGCCGGGCAGGAGAAGCCUGCUGGCCACCCAUGGGCUUCCUGCAUUUCGCCCGGAGCCUGUCCCCUGGGGUGCCGUGGGCCAGGCUGGAAGGCCCGCGUGCCCGCGUGCAGCGAGCGUGUGGGCAGUGCGAGCUGAACCGGCAGCGCGCUCAGCGCCAGCCCCCCGCCCCCGCAGGCCGUCUGCACACCCAGGCCCCGGCAUGGAGCCGGCUCCAGCUCCAACUCGACGUCCCAGAGUGCAGAGGCCCCAGCAGAGUUGACUGCGUCGGAAAGCACAGCAUUGGAGGUGAGCAGCUGGCAGGGCAGCUGACACCUCAGCGGGAGAGCCCCGCGCCACCCGCGCCACCCGCGCCACCCCGCGCCAUCCGCGACCGCGUCAGUGCGGAACGGUUUCCAGUGCACACAAUGUUUAAAACCUACGACUGCAGCACGUCUUCCCGAAUUACACAUUGA